AUGAACGCUCUGACUGUGAUUUCCGUGGCGGCCCUCGUGGCUAGCGGCAGCACCUCCUUGCUUGCGUACAACGGUGCAUAUGGAGGCCAUCACGGCCUUCUUGGCGCCUAUCCUUAUGCAGUUUAUUCUGGUGUGCUGCCCUACGCAUACGCAGGUGCCCUUCCUUCAGCUGCUCCUCUCACUCUCAAAACACCUGUAAUUAAAACUGUGGCUCCUGCACCUGUCUCUUACAAUGUCGGUCCUGCACCUGUAUCCUACAACGUGGCUCCUGCACCUGUAUCCUACAACGUGGCUCCUGCACCUGUAUCCUACAACGUAGCUCCCUUCGCACCUGUAGCACCUGUCCAGUCUCAGUAUCACGCUCAGGACGAGAUCGGUCAGUACUCCUUCGGUUACGCCGGUGGUCCUUCUUCACGCGCUGAGUCUCGCGACGCAUUCGGUGUUGUCCGUGGUUCGUACAACUACGUGGACUCUGAGGGAAAGGUUCAGACUCAGCACUACGUGGCUGACGCCCUCGGUUUCCGUGUGUCCGGAACUAACCUGCCAGUGGCUCCCGACGCCCCUGUGGCUGCUCCUCUGGCCGCCCUUCCAGGUCCUCUUCCCGAACCCGUCCAGGACACUCCUGAGGUAGCCGCCGCUAAGGUCGCCCAUCAGCUGGCUUACGACGAAGCUGCAGCCGCCGCCGCUGCCGCCCCCGACACCCGCAAGAAGCGCUCCGUCCUUGCGGCUCCCGGCCUCGGUGUCUACUCUCCUCUCCGUUUCUCCUACGGCUUCUCCACUCCCCUCCAUUACGCCCACCCAGCACCCUAUGCUUCUCCUCUUCACUACACUGCCGCCCAUCCCACCCUCACCACCUACAACGCCGCCCACGUCCCCACCACAUACGCUGCUGCCGCCGGACCCGCUCUCCGUGACGCCGAGCUCCUCCGUGUGGUCCACAACCCCGGCCACGCCACCUCCUACCGCGUGCUCAACUGA